AUGAAACUAGGGAUUGCAAAAGAAGAAGAAUGUGAGGCGCUCGUGCUACAGGAGAUUGCAAAAAAAGGACUCACAGGACUGUUACCAUUCAUGUUUGAAGCAGGCAUAGACGUCAAUGCCCAGGGUGGAUACUAUGGGAACGCACUUCAAGCUACUGCCCAUUAUAACAGAGAAGGAAUGUUUCAUAUACUGCUUGCAGUGGGCGCAGAUGUCAAUGCCCAGGGUGGAUACUAUGGGAAUGCACUUCAAGCUGCUGCCCGCUAUAACAGAAAAGAAAUGGUAAAAUCGCUGCUUGACGUAGGCGCAGAUGUUCAUGCCCAGGGUGGAGAAUAUUGGAACGCCCUUCAAGCUGCUACCUGUUCUGAUGACGAAGAAAUGGUAAAGAUGGUGCUUGACGCAGGCGCAGAUGUCAAUGCCCAAGGCGGAAAACAUGAAAACGCACUUCGAGCUGCUGCUGUCUCUUGGAAUAGGGAAAAAAUAACGAAAGUACUACUUGACGCAGGCGCAGACCCCAACACCUAA